AUGCUUGAGCACGUGCGGGUUGGUGACGGCCUGCAGGCUCGCAUACGAGCCCAACUUGUUCAGCGAGACACGGCGCUGAGUAGAGAUGUGUCACGCUGGAAGCUUGCAGCCCAAGGCACCCCCUUUGCUGAGGAUGAUCCAGAUGGACAGCUUAGGCAACAGGUCGAAGACCUAUGGCAAGAUUUGGAGCCAAAGUUGAUGUAUUUGCCUCGUGAUGACCGCUUACAGGCUCUUUCCGGGCUUUGUGUUGCGGCGCUCGCGCACAAAGGGCAGAAAAGAAAGUCUGGAGAGCCGUACAUUGUCCACCCUGUGGCAGUGGCUGAGCUUUUAGCACAGCUGAAGGUGCCGGUGGAAGUUAUUGUUAGCGGCUUGCUUCAUGAUACCGUGGAGGACAACGACGAAAUUCGCUUUGAAGACUUGGAGAGCAUUUUCGGCGUGGAUGUGAGACGUAUUGUUGAGGGUGAGACGAAAGCUUCCAAGCGCACAGCAUUGGGUGGGCGAGGCAAUUGGAGCCGCCGCUACACUUCUUUGUUCAACAAGCUCCUAGGAAACAAGUCGCCGUCUUCUCUGAAGCCUGACAUGUGCAAGGCGCGUGAGCAGGCGGAGAAUUUGCGGGACAUGUUCCUGGCUAUGGCUGAUGAUUACAGAGUGAUCUUGGUGAAACUGGCAGAUCGACUGCACAACAUGCGCACACUGGAGCACAUGCCGGAGAAGAAGCAGCAGACCAUUGCGGCAGAAACACUUGUCGUGUUUGCUCAGCUGGCUCACCGCCUUGGCGUUUGGCUAUUCAAGACAGAGCUGGAGGAUUUGUCAUUUCGAUAUUUGUAUCCACUGGAGUUUCGGAAGCUCAACCGGCUUCUGAGCAUGAGACACGCACAGCACACAUCCACGCUUCAAGCAGCGACCCGGGACUUUUCCAUCCUCAGGCAGGAUCCGGUCUUCAAAAAGCAAAACGUUCGGAUAGAGAUCACCGCAAGGGAGAAGGGCCUGUACUCACUGUGGGAGAAGAUGCGCAGAAAGCCAAAAUAUCACAACAACAUAGACAACAUUGAUGAUAUCAUUGCUCUUCGUAUCGUCCUGGACUUUGACCAGAAUCCUGGUGAAAGCAAUGACGAGUAUGCGGCGCGUGGUGCCCGAUUGUGCAACCACGCGCUGGCCUUGGCACGACAGUUGCCAAACUGGUCUGGAGGGGAGAUGCUGAAGAACUACAUCGCCUUUCCGAAGCCAAAUGGUUACCAGUCCUUGCACGUCACCUUUGUUCAUGACGAUGCUCCAGUUCCUUUGGAGAUCCAGAUCCGCACAAUGCGCAUGCACGAAGUUGCAGAGUAUGGAAUGGCCGCUCAUUGGAUUUACAAGGAUGAGCAACGGGGCAAGCCAUAUAAGCCCAAGAAACCAAGCCGUAGAGUUGCGUGGUUGGAAUCGUUGGCAGACAAAGACUGGGAAAUGAGGGCCGACCCCCAAGCAUUCGUUCAAGAGGUUCUACGAGAUGAAUUGGGCAAAAGGUGCUUUGUCUUUUUGAGAGACGGCACGAUCUUGAACCUCUCCCGCGGCUGUACAGCUUUGGAUGCGGCCUUCAAGAUUCACUCAGAGGUCGGGCUCCACAUGCUGUAUCCCGUGAUCAAUGAUAAGAAGGUGGCGCCAUUCUAUGAAUUGCAGAAUGGUGACCGAGUGAAUAUCGUUACUGAUGAGGACGCAGUGCCACAGAGAGAGUGGCUAGCCUAUGCGUUUCUCCGAACUACCAGAAACAAGCUCUCGGCGUUCUUUAGAAAGACAACGAAGGACAAAGAAACCGCAGUCGAUUUUGCGGCAGCUUUGGCCACAGCAGCUACAGCUGCUGCUGCUUUGCCCUUGGUGCAUUGA